AUGUUGAAUGGGAAAUUUGUAAAAGCUAGAGAAAGUCAACACUAUUGGGGAUUCCCUGAACCGAGAUUUGAUCCUGUGACAAGGACAAUGGUGCCUGGGUUUGAAAUACUACUUGAUUGCAACAACAACGUUCCAAGAUUGAAGAAAGAAGAUACAACUUGGGUCCCUACUGAUUGGGCUAAUUACAUGGACCCUGAUGCCAUGACUACACUUCUUGGAGAUCCUAUUUGCAAUAUAGAAGAAGAAGAAGAACGAGGAAGGGGAGCAGCCCCUAGUGAUGAUGAGCAUGGAAGUGAUGACAAGAAUGAUAGUAGUAGUGAUAGCAGCAGCAGUGACACUAGACAUGAUGAUGAUGACAACAACACCGAUAGUAAGAGUAAUAGCAACAAGGAUUAUGAUAGCCCAUACAGUAGCAAUGAUUGGGGUGAACCCCUUAGUGAUAGAGAAGAUGAAGACGUAGAUCUUUUUUAUGAAGAAUAUGAUAAUGAUGUGGACUACUAUGAUGAAAAUAUUGAAGAUGACGCCAAAGCUAACAGGUGGAGUGACACUGAUAAUGACUAA